UAUCCGUUCCGGCCAAACAUUAUUAUAACUUAUAAGUAUAUGUAAACAAUAAUUUUCUACAGACUACAGUUUUAUAAAUGAUGCAAAGUAUGGUUAAAAAAAUACUCGAAUAAUAAUUUUAUAUUGUGUUACUGUUUAUAAAUUGUUUCUGUUUUGAGAUUGAGUUCAAUAGACAUUUAAGAUGAGGAGUGAUAUAAAUAAUUGCAAACCUGAAAUGUGUAUUAAGAAUAGAGAUCAUUUAUACAGACUCAUAAUAAGUCAACUCUUUUAUGAUGGCCAUUCCACAAUUGCUUCAAGCUUAGCUGCCCAAGUAAAUGCUGAUCCACCUUGUUCUCCAUCGGAUCGACUCAUGAGUGUAGUGACAAAAGGUUUACAACAUGAAACCGAUAGACAAAAAGAAUCUGAACAAGCAUUAAACUUAAAUCCAAUUCAGCAAAUGUUAAUUGGACCAGGCAUUGACUUAGAAUUUGAAACUAAUGUUAUGUGUACUGCUCCUGAACCGUCACUGUAUGAAACUGUAUACGUAACAUCCCAUAAAGGAGCCUGUAGGGCUGGUGCAUUUAGUCCUGAUGGACAGUUAAUCGCAACAGGAAGCAGUGAUGCAUCAAUCAAAAUUUUGGAUGUUGAAAGAAUGCUGGCUAAAGCACAUGAUAUUGGCAGUACUGAUAAUCAAGAAGGACAAGGACAUCCAGUAAUUCGGACUUUGUAUGAUCAUUUGGAAGAAGUGACGUGCUUAGAGUUCCACCCUAACAAGCCAAUUUUAGCUUCGGGCUCUCGAGAUUGUCAUGUUAAACUUUUUGAUUAUUCAAAAACAUCUGUGAAGAAAGCCUUCAAGACAAUUAACGAUGUCGAACCUAUAACAUGUAUAAGUUUUCAUCCCCUUGGAGACUUUAUAGUAAUGGGCACCAAUAGCCCAGUCAUAAGGCUUUAUGAUAUAAAUACAGUUCAAUGUUAUGUUUGUUCACUUCCUAGUCAUCAACAUACUGGUCCUGUUACAUCAAUAAAGUAUGAACCAAGUGCCAGGUACUUUGUGUCUUCUAGUCGAGAUGGUUCAAUUAAAUUGUGGGACGCUGUGUCUAAUAAAUGUGUUAACACAUUUGAAAAAGCGCAUGAUGGCAGUCAAGUGUGUUCUGUGACAUUUUCAAGAAAUGGAAAGUACAUCUUAUCAUCAGGCAAAGAUUCUUUAGUGAAACUUUGGGAGUUAUCCACUAGUAGAUGUCUGAUUGCAUAUACUGGAGCUGGAACAACUGGAAAACAAGAACAUCGUACACAAGCAUUGUUUAAUCAUACUGAGGAGUAUGUCAUGUUUCCAGAUGAAGCCACAACAUCUUUGUGCGCAUGGAAUGCACGCAAUGCUUCUCGGCAGCAACUUUUAUCUCUUGGCCAUAAUGGACCUAUUCGUUCAAUUGUGCAUUCUCCAAAUUCAGCUGCAUUUUUGACUUGUUCAGACGACUUUAGAGCCCGUUUUUGGUAUAGAAAACAUUUGAUUGGAGCAUAGAUUAAAUAGUUUUUUUUUUAUUUAAAAACUAUUUAUUUAUUUAAUUUUGAAUAAACAUUUAAUGUACAUUAGUAAAAAUAACAAUUAGUGAUAUAAAAUAUAUAAAUAUUGUUUGUAUUCAUUGAAAUGUACAUUUUUAAUUAAAUAAUAUUUCCAACAUUUAAAAUUAUGUAGUGUAUGGAAUUUUUUGGUGUAAUAGUUAAUAAUUACAUUUAAAAAAUGUAUAACUUGGUACUAUAUUAUUAUUAAAAAUUAAAAUGAGUAUAAAUAUUUAGUAAAAAAUGAUUUUGAGAGUGCAUCACACACUUGUGUUGAUACCGUCUUACAAACAUACAACUAGUAAAUCUGUGUUCAAUUUGUGUAGUAAGCUUUAAUUAUAGAGUGAAUUGUUCUAUUAUCAAACUGAAAGGAAUUUUGAAUAAAUAAUAUCAACUUAUA